CCCAAUUUUAAAAUUAAAUAGAAAGAACAAGUUUUUAACCCUACGUUACUUCUCUCCCUACUGAUCUUCUCCUUUCAAAAAUCUCCUCGCGCCAGAGAAGUCCCGCUUCUCUCUCUUUCUGGUCUGAUCCAGAUCCCUAGUUAAUUAGUUUCCUGAGAAAAGGGGAAGAAGAGGGAAAACAAUGCCGAGGGAGAUCAUCACCCUCCAGGUUGGACAAUGCGGGAACCAGAUCGGCAUGGAGUUCUGGAAGCAGCUCUGCCUCGAGCACGGGAUCAGCAAGGAAGGCAUUCUCGAAGAUUUUGCCACUCAGAGAUGCCGCAGGGAGGGGACCGGAAAGAUGUAUUUUUCUAUCAAGCUGAUGAUCAGCACUACAUCCCACGGGCUUUGCUGAUUGACCUGGAGCCCAGGGUAAUUAAUGGAAUCCAAAAUAGCGAAUAUAGAAACCUCUACAAUCACGAGAACAUCUUUCUUUCAGAUCAUGGAGGAGGCGCAGGAAAUAAUUGGGCCAGUGGUUAUCAUCAGGGGAAGGGUGUUGAAGAGGAUAUAAUGGACAUGAUUGAUAGAGAAGCAGAUGGGAGUGAUAGUCUUGAGGGUUUUGUUUUAUGCCACUCUAUCGCUGGAGGAACAGGCUCAGGUAUGGGUUCAUAUUUGCUGGAAACUCUUAACGAUCGCUACAGCAAAAAACUGGUUCAGACAUAUAGUGUAUUUCCUAACCAGAUGGAGACAAGUGAUGUGGUGGUCCAGCCCUACAACUCACUUUUGACACUCAAGCGACUGACAUUAAAUGCUGAUUGCGUUGUUGUUCUUGAUAAUACUGCAUUGAAUAGAAUUUGUGUGGAACGUCUUCAUUUAUCAAAUCCUACCUUUGCUCAGACAAAUUCUUUGGUUUCCACUGUAAUGUCUGCCAGCACAACCACUCUGCGAUAUCCAGGUUAUAUGAACAAUGACUUGGUUGGCCUUCUUGCUUCUUUAAUUCCAACCCCAAGAUGCCACUUUCUAAUGACAGGAUAUACACCACUUACAGUGGAGCGCCAGGCUAACUUGAUUCGCAAAACCACCGUGCUUGAUGUUAUGAGAAGACUUUUGCAGACAAAAAAUAUUAUGGUUUCCUCAUAUGCUCGAACAAAAGAGGCCAGUCAAGCAAAGUAUAUAUCAAUAUUGAAUAUCAUUCAAGGGGAAGUCGACCCUACUCAGGUUCACGAGAGUUUGCAGAGGAUACGCGAAAGAAAGCUUGUUAACUUCAUUGAGUGGGGCCCUGCAAGCAUUCAGGUUGCUCUGUCUAGAAAGUCUCCAUAUGUUCAAACUGCUCAUAGGGUCAGUGGUCUUAUGCUAGCUAGCCAUACUAGUAUCAGGCACCUUUUCAGCAAGUGUUUGAGCCAGUACGAGAAGUUAAGAAAGAAGCAAGCAUUUCUUGACAACUACCGGAAAUUCCCAAUGUUUGCUGACAAUGACCUUUCAGAAUUUGAUGAAUCAAGAGACAUAAUUGAGAGUUUGGUUGAUGAAUAUAAGGCCUGUGAAUCCCCAGAUUACAUUAAAUGGGGAAUGGAGGAUCCAGACCAUGUUCUAACGGGAGAAGGCAAUUCGACUGGAACAGUGGAUCCUAAGUUAGCUGCUUGAACACGCCAAGUAAGCUAUUAUCUGUAGCUGCCAUGAAACUUCUGGUUAUCAUAGCUACCUUUCCCGAUACACAUCAAGUAAUCAUGUUGAAUCUAAGAGCUUAUGCUUUGACCCGAAACAUCCAUCCACCAGUGCCUGGUAGAUAUCUUCAUGAUCAUUCCAAGAGGUUCUGUUUUCUGAUCUUUAGACCAUGCCCUUGUACAUUUCUAAGUUUUGUUCUUUCUUUAGUAUUGAAAUGCUGUCUUUUA